AUGUCGACGAAGACGGAGUCGGCGAAUUUGUCCCGCGUGGACGCAGCCAAGGCAGCGCUACGACAGCAGUGGCAGACAACUAUCCGUGCCGUGCGUCCGCUGCCCAACCACAAGUACUUGGUCAAGGGCGACGCGAUGGCUUUGGCCGCGCUCACGAGCGACAACCUCGGAAUAUGCCUCCUCGCCUGCACCAUAUUGGGAUCGAUGGGCAUCGAGAACGACCUCCUAUACGGCACCAUGCUGCCGGCCAUUGGCCUCGCCGUCCUCUUUGGCAAUGGAGCUUACUGGCUGCAAGCGCGGCGUAUGGCGGCCGAGAGUGGCCGCGAGAGUGUUUGCUGCCAGCCUUUCGGGAUCAACGCUCCCAACGUCUUCAUCUUCUCCUUUAGCAUCAUCGCCAACGAGCUGCGCGACGGCCGCAGUCCAGAGGAGGCUUACAACAUGGCGGUGGCGUGCUCCUUCCUGACCGGUUGCGUGCAGCUGAUCUGCGUCCCCCUCGCGCCGCUUGUGGCCAAGUACACGCCGCAGGUGGCGAUGCUCGGAUGCAUCGCUGGCGUGGCGCUCGUCUACCUGUGCCUCGGCCCAAUCGUCGACUACCUCGCUGAGGAGCCGAUCAGGGCGUCGUGCAGCCCUGUUGUUGGUAUAAUCAUAGGAGCCUACGGCGGGGUGCAGACCAACCUUCCCAUCAUCACGUAUGCCAUCGUGCUGGGCGUCGCCAUUGCGUGGGGGCAGGGAGGCGUCGGCGAAGAGGUUGACGGCCACCCGGCCUACGCAAACAAAGAGGCUCUCACGAGCAUCGAGGGGAUCGGCCCCAAGCAAAUUUCGCCCGUGCACUUCUGGGACGAGCUGUCAGAGGCGGUGUCCAAGUACCUCGGGGUGAUCCUCCCGGCGGGGCUCUCCGUCAUCGUCGGAGACAUCACCUGCUGCGAGCUGUGCGGGCUUGGCGGCGACAGCUACUCUGUGCGCGAGACGGCGUUCUAUGACGCCAUCUUCACGCUCGCGGCCGCGCUAAUGGGAAGCAUGCUCCAGGUGACGACCUACCCGAACCACCCGGGCUACUCGCGGCUGGGCGGCCGCACGGGCUACUCGCUCAUCCACGCGGUGAUCUUUGCGCUGGUGCCGCUCUUUCUCGUCCUCAUCCCGGUCCACGCCAUAUCGCCGACGGUGGUGUUUGUUGGCCUCAUGAUCAUCACCGAGGGCAUCAUGGCGUGCAAGAACAGGCACAGCAGUCGGCUCACGCUCGCGCACACGUGCCUCUGUCUCAGCUCUUUCCCCUCCUUCGCGCGCAGGCCUCACCUCUUCGCCGCGCUCGUCCUCGCCAUCCUGCCCGCCGUGGCCAACUACUGCCAGUCCCAAAACGUGCACACGCCCCCGAUCGACGCGCUCGCCAACGGCUACAUCAUCACCGGCCUCUGCUGGGCGGCAAUGUUCAUCACUCUCAUCGAGUGCGAUUUUGUCAAGUGCGCGAUGUGGGUGUCGGUGCUCUGCUUCCUCUCCUUCUUCGGCAUCAUCCACAGCACCACCAAGGCGUGGGAGAACCCUGUCGAUGGCGAGGACUUUCCCGACAUUCACAACACCGACCAGGUGUGGCGGUGGACUGCGGGCUACGGCACGCUGCUGCCCACGCUGCUCGUGUUCUGGCUCAUGCAGCGCUACCAGGGGUGGUGCGAGAAGCACCUCGGCAUCCGCUUCGCCAAGCCGCGCAAGCCGGCCGAGCCGCCGCGCGCCACCCGGACGAGCGUUUGGGUCGACAUGUACGCGUCGCAGGACCAGCGCAAAGACAGCACGGCGCACAUUGUCGGGCUCUCCCGCUGCUCGAUGGCAAACUCCGAGUGGAGGGAGACGACGGCCGCGGAUGUGCUGUCCAGCCCCCCCGCCCACCUCUCGUGA